AUGGCACCGAAGAAGCUUACGGACUGUCCGGAGAACCUCCGGGAGGCCAUCGAUUGGCUGAUACAGGUUAGGCAUGGAGGUGAUGGUAGAGGGUUGGAGAGGUUGUCCGGAGCUUUGAAACAGUUGAUUGAUGAGGCUGUUGAGAAGGCUAAAGAGACUAUGAAGCAUAAGAGAAGAAAGCUUGAGUGCGCUAAUGAUUAUUAUGAGCGCCCUUAUUGUACUGAACUUGAUGAAAUGUGUGCUAAGGCUAAGGAGAAAUUAAAAGAAUUUGUGUCUGGUAAAAAUUCUGUGUCUGAUAAAAAUGCCUUAGAAUCCAAAAUUAAGCAUCAUGAAUCCAACAAAAAAGAUUGCAUAAAUUCCCAUGACAUCUAUGAUCGUCGGAAAGACGAGAUUCAAAAGGAAAUUAAUAAUGCUGAACAGGUAGUUGCAAAACUUAAGAAAUUUUCUGAUCGUCUUGAUGAAUAUAAAGGCACAGAUGAUAAUAUCCUUAAUACGAUUUGUGAUGGUUUAGAGCAUUUUUUAGGUUACAAUUCUAAAAAUUAUAAUGGUCAUGGCAUCGUAUACGGCGAUUCUGAUCGCUUCAGGGACGCUAUUUUAAUGUUCUUGCAUGGAGUUUUGGAAUGUGCGAGAAAUAAUCCAAAUAUAAAAAACGUCGAUGCAUACAUUUUCAUUCUAAACCCCGUAAUUCAGAGUUUAUAUAGCGCUAGAUGGAAUGGAAAAGAUGGUUUUGAUAGUGCUGUCCAAAAGGUCAUUGAGGGCGUUGGAAAAUAUUUUGACAAGGUUAAGGAACAUGAUGCCUUGGUGAUGAAUCCUAUCACAGACUUAAUAGGUGAAAUCGAUGAAAAAUUAGAUAUGAGUGAUUAUACUAAGACGUUGACGCUGGCUGAACAACUUGAGCAGUUAAACGGGAGUGCCAGCUCCUACAACAGCUUGGCCACUGAUGCUGAAGAAGCCUUGAGUAAUAUCGAUGAGGAACAUAAAAAGAAGCUAGAAAUGCCGAUUCAAAUUAUGAAACAGUCAGUCGAAAAUUUUAAACAGGCGGCCGGAAAUAUUGAUCUUGCAAAGCAGUGCAAGGACGUUGAUGAGAAACUGAAAUCCUUACCAAGCGAAGUUAAUUCAAAGAUUGAACAAGCUGUUGCACAAUUCAUAAAAGAUCAUGAAAAGUACAUUGAGCACCUCAAAACUGGAAUCGUGCAUGAUUUUGAAAAACGGUUAAAUGGAUGGAUCAGUAGAGUUGAUGCUGCAUUGGAAGCCACAAAGACGAAGGGCGUCACGUCUAUCGAAAAUUUACAAAGUGAAUUUGAGAAGGCGAUAAAGGCUUUGCACAAGGAAAUAAAGGAUCGAGUGAAUAAAAUUGAUGUUUCAAAUCUGUCCACAAAUGUGUCGGAAUUUAAAAAAUCUUUCAGCGUUGUUGAGGAGCAGUUAAAGAAGCUCACUAAGGAUGAUGGGGGUAAAAUCCCCAAAGGUCUCCUUCAGAGUACCGAAGAGACUAUUAAAGAGCAAUUGCAGAAUUUUGUUAUUCAGGCUCAUCAGGUUAAUGAUCAACUUACAAAUAUUAAAAGGUCGUUAAAUGGUUGGUUGACGAAAAACAACGAUGCUGAUGGGAAUCCGGACGGCCUAAGUGCUCUUUCUAAAGGCGUCAACGAAAAAAUUGAGAGUUUUAAAAGUGAGUACAACACCAUCCAUGAAAAACUUGACGGCAUUAAAAAAUUCGUUGAAGGAAAUUCAGACAACCAAACGCUUGAAGGAUUGAUAAGCAACAUAACUGCGCAGGUUAACGCCUUGGAUGAUAAAGUUGCCGGCGAUCUGAAUGGGUUAAAAACGAGGGUUUAUGCUGCAAUGAAGGCAGUAAUUGUUGAUUUUCAAAAGGGAGUGAAGGCGCUUGCGGAUAGCGACAGCGGUUCUAGUUCCGCUCAUUUUAUUCAAGAUUUUCGGAUUGGUAUGAGGGAUGAACGCAGUGAUGCGAAAUCUUUGGUGGCGUGGACUAAAGCAGCAGAAAGCGGUGGUCAGCUAAGGUCGGCUUUAGAACAAUUACACGGGAUAGACAGGGAUUUUACAAAAUUGCGAGGGGUACUAGAGGCGCUUGGAGAUUUCAAAGAUUACAGUACUAAAACCUUCUUCGACGCCAUAACCUACGAUCUUAAGGAUAAAGUUGCCCAGAUCGCACUAGCAUUAAAUAAUGCGGAUGCUGUGCCAGUAAAAGGUCAAUUUUCUACUACUAUGGUGCAGUAUAAAAAUCAUGUAGGACGUAGAGGCCAAAAGAGUACAACUACGAUUCAUGGCGUCAUAUCUGCCGUCAGUGAGAGUGUAAUGUCGCUUGGAGAGGCGUAUAGUGGUACAACAAAGGCAGACGGAGUACUCAAAGAACUCGUAGAUACCCUUCCAGCUCAGAUGAAACAACUUACCACGAGCGUUGAGGAAGUCAUUUCGAAACUGGACAACAACAAUACCCAUCUUGAGAAGAUCGUCGAAGAGGCCAAGAGACUCCAUAAGGAACUGCAAGAAGAUUACAAAAACGGGUUGUACAAGAAAUUUAGUGCUCUGAGAGAGGCCGUAAAUGUAUCGGGAAGACAAUUUGAUGAAGUUAAAUACCAACUUAAUACUGUGUUAACUGAGGCUAAAUUACAACUCGAAGCGCUUGAAAGCCUUCCGGACAAAAUAAAAAACGCAGAAAGAACGGGUACCAAUGCGCUGGUCGCCACGUUCACGAAAGAGGUUAUGGAAAUUAAAAUUGCUGCGAAUAAGCUGGGUAACGAAAAAAAAGAACAUUGUAUCAAUGAUACAAAAAAUGUUCUCGACUCGGCGCAUAGAUCUGCGGCGGGUUAUAUACGUCAGCUCGGCAGGCAAUGUAUAGCUGCCGUCACCCAUGCAUUUAAAGAGAUUACGCAGCACGUGCAAUCGCAAUAUGCAUCUUCCAACAAUGCGCAAUACGAAGCUUUGAAAAGGUGUGUUGCAGCGCAGAAACUCAAAAUCACUACAAUUAUGGAAAACGAUUUGAAAACUGGUUUAAAGGGCUUUCUUAAGACGGUGAGUGGAGUUGCGGCAAAUAGUCAAACUAUUUCAGGCACUGGUAAUAAGAUUGCUGAGCUUAAAGAUAUGAAUAAUGUUAAAGACUUAUCCGUCAAAUUGAAGGCAUACUUGGAACAGAUUUUCUAUUACGUCAUCGAACAGCUUAAUCUCAAUCCCACAUCCGGGCGCGUUGGUUCUUCCGAGCAUUCGGCUCGGUCAAAGUCUCCACUAAAUGAUCCAAACGUUUCUGAUAUAUACACCAUAUACAAAAUUGUUAACGAUGUCAUGCAAUCACUUGCUAUCUCAAAUAGCUUCAAUCACGCUAUACGUGAUAAAAUCCACGAAGCGUAUCUGGCCAUACCUAAAUUCGUACCUUCUAAAUUCUUCUCCAUGCCGUCCAAUCCCCUUCUAGACAUCCUCAAAUCCGGAUUCGAUGGAUUUGCGAAGGAGCUCAAAAAUGUCUAUGUAUCUAAGUAUUCUGGAGCUACAGACACUUUCAAUUGGGACAUUUUCGGGAAUUCAGAGAAGUGCGCCAAGGUAUGUUCAACCAUUUUUGAAAUUCUGCAUCGUGACUUGACCAAACUAAAAACAAUAUGCGAAGGCGGCUCCAAUGCGAAGCAGAUCAAUUUACAGAUAACUUUGGAUAGUGGCAGAAAAGUAGUAAAUCCACUAGGCGACUUCUUUAAUCAACGAGGUUAUAAAGUGCCAAGCGGCGCAUCCACACAAGAUGCCGAAUUACGGAACGAGACUAAUAUAAAGGGCGAGCAAAUUAAAGAUUUACUCUACGAGAAUUACAAUAUUUUUGCAUCACUACACUCAGGUGACGACAAUGCUUUGUACGAUGGCCCGCUCGAGCAAUUAUAUAAUAACUUAUUAGACUACAAUAGAGUGUGCCACCUUAGAAGUAUAAAGAACGCUACGUCACCUCACAAUGCAUUUCAGAUGCUCUGUUGGCUAAGUGGUUUGCAGUAUAAUCCUACUUACCACCCACUUAAAGAAUAUAUGAAAACUUUCUUCAAAAAAGCAGAGAAACACAAAGAUACGGAAUACUCGAGGAUACCAUUCGUUGACCUAAAAGUAGAAGCCACAUCGCCAUUUUCGGCUAGAGACACGGUAUCAGCACUCCGCCUUGUGACGGUACAAUCACACGACAUCCUCACCACCUUACUAGGCCACGGCCACGCUAGUGGCAUUUAUGCCUGCGAUUUCAAUAGUAACCCAGGUAAUCUAUCCUAUCCCGGUGACUCUGGCGCGUGCUUCGAUCUGCUCGUCGAGAUAUUGCUCAGGCUAAAUCAUCAACUUUCCUUUCUAUAUGAGCAGUGUUGUCACACGACUAAGGUUUCUGGGUGGAGCGAUUGCUGGUAUGGCAAAGGGAUCGGCGGAUCCAAUUGGCAGUGCAAUGAUCUGAAAUGCACCGAGUGUACCGGUGCCGACAAGUGCAGGAAUCACCCCAUCUGUGGCCUUAAAUCGCCAUUACAAUCAUUUCUUGAAGACGGCCUGAAAGGCUUCCUGCCGCAUACUUUCACCAAACUUGGAUGCAAAUUGGAAUGCAGUGUCUCCAACCACAACGGCAUCCCAUGUAUCACACCCAUGGGUUUCUCCGACAUUGGUACCGUAGCAUCUCACAGACAGACUGGGGAGCGUAUUAAGGAUGUCCUAAGAAGUUUCUGCGGCAACGAAAAUUCUCCACUUAACCAACUUUGUAGUUAUCUGAUGUGUCUAUUGCGGACUCCUCCCAGAACAUUAGGCGAGAUGUUUGCAUUCUACUAUAGUUUCCUACAUGAUUGGAAUGACAGUGGCGCGCAUCGGAAGGAUGGCUUUAACAACGCAGUUAUCAAAGCCAAUUUUGGACAUUCCAGUACAAGAUUUGAUAUUAGUUCAAUGUUCAAGAACACUGAUCAUGCAGACAACCACCUCAAAGGUGACCUUUACUCUCUCAUUAGUUGUAGUAAUACAUACAUUCCUGCCCGUCCUUGUGGUCCAUAUAUGCGGCCACUAUGCCUCUUCAGUCGCGACUUGUAUUCAAAAGAGUAUAGCGGAUAUUACCUUUCAUGGGUCGUUUACCUUACAGAGACGUUUUAUGACCUGCUCAAGAAAUUGUACGAAGACUGCAACAAAUCAUGCGGUUCAAAAGGCUCCAAAUGCUAUGACAAAAGCUGUGUUAGGAGUUGUCCGAUAUCUCGAGAUCCAUCAUCUUCAGCACACGAUCCACUGUGCAAAUCCAUGGUAGAUUGUACCUCAACGCUUCCAACCCUGUGCAAAUAUGGGUUUUAUUUCGGAAGUGCGACUUUGGCAAGCGGCAGUAAAGGAGACACAAUGAAAAGGACAUGUAAAGAGUUUAUCCAACAGCUGCGAAAUGUAUGCGACGGAAAUUCCGUGCUGGCCAAAUUAGUCAAUAUCACAAUUCCGCAAUAUUUAUUCACCAUCCGCUCUCCCUUCUUUUGGACCACCCUCACCCUCUGGCUCCUCUCUCUGUUGUACCUCAUCCACAUCAUGGUCAUCCGCCUCGACCUCCUCCACAUCAAAUCGCACUUGCGUUCACCCUCAUCACAUCGCAUCGCUGCUCAAUCACUACUCGCCGCGGCACGUGUCAACAAACUUGCCAAGAUCACCUACCUGCAACCUUGA